AUGCCGUGCGGCUCCUCUCGUCUAGACGCCCCAAGCAAGGUGGCGGAGGCGCCAUAUGCAAAGCUGGCGGGCGCGAUCGUCUCCGCCUGGCCGGGCUGGUUCGGAUGCUCGGCGACGAAUAGCUCGGCCGAGCUGCCCGGCGGGCUCUGCACCGCCGACGGCGAGGAGCCGUCGGCUUCGCGCUUGUGUCGGGAGGCUGGGGACUGCUCCUGCCUCGCGGGGAACGUGGACGGCGGCACCGUCUGGGCCUUCGACACGAGCGACCUCGACAUGCAGAACUUCGGCAUCCCGCUCCUGGUCCUGCUGCACUCCCUGAAAAAGAGAAAAAGACAACCCCGGCAGCAUAUGAGAAACCUGCGAACAGGCACCAGCUCCGUCACCACGUACGGCGAGUCGAUGGCGGGCGUCUACGAGGGCGGCCGCACAGGGCUGACGGCGCUUUGGAUCGCCCUGUUCAACUUCCUGUCGAUGUUCUUCGCGCCGCUGUUUGGGAGCAUCCCCACACUCUCCACCGGCCCACCCGCGACGGCCAUGCGCGCCUCGCGCGCCAGGACACGCCCGCGACAUGUCCGCGGGUGCGUCGCUGCAUGCCCAGCGCUGAUCAUGGUUGGCGUCUUCAUGGCGGAGGGGCUCGGAACCAUCGACUGGCAUGACUACAUGCAGGCGAGUCGCGAGGCGACCUACAAGAUCGAGGCCGGCCUCGUCGCCGGCCUGAGGACCGCGGGAGAGGACGCUGGAGAUGUCGGCAUCCUCGCCGGUCUGAUGACGUUGGCCAUGAUCAAGAUCCUCACGCUCCGCAUCGUCUUCAACCUCCCGCGCGGCUACGAGUCGAUGCCGCCCCUGAUCCAGCGCUUCCUCAAGCGCCAGUCGCUCAACGCGUACGAGCGCGGCAUCAUCGCCGCGGCGGAGGGCAAACCCUCCGCGGAGGCCUAA